GUCAACCCAGACAAGUGAAGUUGAAGUUGAAGUGAAGUGAAGUGAAGAUUAGAGAGCAGCUCAAAGACCAAAGCAAGAACACCCAGAAUCAAGAUCAAGAACAAGAACAAGACCCAGAAUCAAGAUCAAGAUCAAGAACAGGAGUAACAGAGAGACAGAUCAAGAUCAGGUCAAGAUCAAGAUCAAGAACAAGAUCAAGAACAAUAACAAGAUCAAGAACAGGAGCAGCAGAGAGAGAGAGAAAGAGAGAGAGAGAGAGAUGGGAUUCACAAUGGGGCUGAACCUGGUGCUGCUGAUGGCCAUGGUGGCCACCAACAUCCUCUCCCUCUACCACCUCUCCACCACCGUCCAGUCCCCCAAGGCCCCCACCCCGCAGCCCGUCCCCGACCACCUGCUCCACCAGCUCCACACCAUACGCGCCACCAUCAACCACCUCACGCGCCUCCAGCCCCCCUCCGCGCCUUCCGCCUCCGCCGCCGCGAACCCCGGCUCCGCCAUCCCCUCCGAUCUGCUCCUCCACUCCCAGCUCUCCCCCAUUGCCUCCGCCUGCCACGGCUACCCGGACCUCCUCCACCGGUUCAUGAACUACACCCCCUUCUCCCUCUGCCCCCACGACCCGGACCUUGCCGAGGCCCUGAUCCUCCGCGGCUGCCACCCCCUCCCCCGCCGCCGCUGCUUCUCCCGCACCCCGCCGAAGCCUGCCGCCGCCGCCGCCUCCUCGUUACCGCAUAACCCCUUCCCUCCUGCCCUCCCGGACAGCAAUGUCAUCUGGGCCAAGUACUCCUGCAAGAGCUUCUCUUGCCUCAAUCACUACAACCCCAACCUGGGGUUUGACACCUCCCAUGAAUCCUCAAAAUUCACCACCUACACAUCUGAGCUGGAUCUCCCUGUUUCGCAGUUGCUUCAGAUUGCUAAGUCUGCUGGUUCGGUCCUUAGGCUCGGGAUCGACAUCGGUGGCGGCACGGGCACUUUUGCUGCCACCAUGAAGAUGCACAAUGUGACCGUUGUCACCACCACCAUGAACCUUGGCGCACCUUACAAUGAGGCAGCCGCACUUCGGGGGCUCGUGCCCUUGCAUGUCCCGCUGCAGCAGCGGCUGCCGGUGUUCGACGGGGUGGUGGAUCUGGUCCGGUGCGGGCACGCGGUGAACCGGUGGAUACCGGAGACAGUGCUCGAGUUCAUGCUGUUCGAUAUCGAUCGGGUGUUGAGGGCCGGUGGUUACUUGUGGUUGGAUCACUUCUUCGGCAAAGGGGUGAGUAUAGAGAAGGUCUACAAGCCCUUGAUCGGGAAGCUUGGGUAUAAGAAGGUGAAGUGGGCGACAGCGAAUAAGACGGACUCGAGCGGGUUGAAGAAUGGGGAGGUUUAUUUGACUGCCCUGUUGCAGAAGCCUGUCACAAAAUGAAGAACAAGUCAUGGAAACACAGGUAAAUUUCUCUUCCUUUUAUGUCAUUUUGAAUGUAUUGACUGGCCGUCUUUGCAUAGCGAUUGGAGUGCAUUGGAUUGAUUUAAUCUGCAAUUACUGCCAUUGAUCUUUGUAUUGUCCACAUAUGGUUAGUGAUUGCCUCAGUCAUUGUUAUGGUACUCUGGUUAAGUAGAGAUGAUCUGAGCUAUAAUCAUGCCACAAUUUGCUGCAAUAUCACCUUAAUGCGCUCUUGAAUUGUUCCAAAAGUGAUCAAACAAGUACAUCUUCUUCAGUCGCACUCUAUCCUAAGAUUGUAAAUAUCGUACUAAUGAGUAUGUCUUGGUUGUAAGAAGGCAAACCAAACAUAUGGUUUCGCUGUCAUUUCUGAGAUGUAUUGCUAAAUCUGUAUUCUAUGGUUCAUCAAAAUCAUGAUGAAAUGUAGACAAAACAACAAGAAGUAUGAAGUAUGAAAAGCCACUUUUUAUUCCUUUAUGAGGAGGAGGAAACUUAAGUAUUAAAGGUGGCAAGCCAUGCUCGCCUGUGGAAUAAUUCUGAUGAAUCGGUUGUAAGAAAAGAAAUCAAAUCACCUGUGUCCCAUCCACGCAGCUAGACCAUUGUUGAAGGGAGUAAAACAGGAUUGUUUACUUGGUCUCCGGUCUAAAAGAUUAUUGUAUGUGAAAUGACCACCUCUAGUCCAUCCAACACUCUGACUAGACCCUGCUCUGUUCAGACUGUCCUCCUGUAUUUGAUAGACAUAAGAGCAAUUACGACUCAUAAAAUUGCCAGUGUAGUUGAGAGUCAUUAACUGAUAUUUCUGCUAGUUUGCAAAAGAAGCAUUACAAUUCAUCCCCUUCAUUGGAGAUUACCACCUCGAGCUGCCUUAAAAACAUUAUCAACUCUAGCAUUCUUAGUCAUUCCGAAGUUUUUCACAUUCAAGAUGCUACCAAAUUGUUCUAGAUAUUCAGCAGAAGAUGCCACCUUUUGAUCUCUCACGAUGUUUAGCUUCCUUCCUAAACCUUCUCUGUGUCACGUAAUCCCACUUAACAAUUCCCAUAUAUUAAGGUGGUGAACUUCGAAAACACUCAUGUCCAUAGCAUAUCUUUAGUUCCUGUUUCCUCAAAUAGUCCUCCAUCUGAUGCAUGUUGUUUUUCUUCAGGAAGUAAUGAAUAAUGAAGCACUUCCUGUCUUUUUCUCUGUGUUUCUAUUUCAUUUGAGUAUUUUGGUGUCCUCAUUUGGUAUUUUGCACUGACCAAAAUUCCCCAGAAACAGUUUAGCUCUUUUUAAUGCUAUGAUAGGAAUCCUUAAAGACAUAACGUAGUUAGGGAUUGAUAUAACAUCAGGCAAACUAUAAGGGAGCUAGGACACAAUGUUAGGAAACUUCCUUGCUUGAAAAUUUUCCCUAAAACAAACAUCUUUUUCACGUGAAGACACAGGAGAAAUGUCAUUUUCACAUGAACACACAGGAGAAGAGGGACCAUAGUCUUUAAACACAAGACUACCAAAAACAGUAACAACACAGUAGGGAAGUUGAGAGGUAGCUGUCAUCAGACAAAAGUAGAAGAAUAAAUCAAUACAAAAUGAUUUCGUUCACAAGUGAUUAAGUAAUUCUCCUCUAUGAUGGACCUCUAUUUAAAGAUAAACACUUAAAUAUAUUCCACAAAUUUGCUACCAGAUACAUGAAAUGCUUUUGUCAUGCUGAAGCGGAAUGUUGCAAUCCAACUUUAUGCGUUCCUUUGAAUAAUAUUAUCAGAACAACACAGAAAGUGAAAAUUCCCAGCCUUGAUGAGGUUUUGAUUUCAAACUUUCAGUCCAUUUCACUGCAUCACCUUUUAUCGAAAUGGUGACUUAAAUUUGCAAGUUUAGUGGUCAAAGAUUGCAUACUCUUGCCAGGUUGGAGUUCAUGUUAUGGAUUUCCCUCUCUGUUUUAUCUGUAUGUCAAUUUCUGUAGAUUGUCAAAGUGCCUCAUAUUUGAGGAAGCAUUCGAGAGCCAAUGUCUUCAAUUGGCAUCAGUUUUGUGUGUCUGUAGCAUUGUGGUCGGCAUAAUGUCUCAAAUAAUUCUCAUGGGGUCUGAGUAACGUUGUCGUGCUUUAUCAUGUAUAACCAAAAUAUGCUUGUUGGAAUGUGGUCCCCUAGAGUAAACCGUUUCAGCUAAUAAAAAAUAUGGAGCUCUCUUCAUUCUGUGUGAGAAUUAUGAGCCAAAUGGGCAUUAUAGGUAGCAAUAGGGGCUGAUUUUGUCUGUGCGUGUGUUGAACUCUAGAUCUAUAGUGCUGAGAGUUAAGCCAAAUGCAGCUUUCCACUUCGCUGAAUUCUUGGUUCUAUUCGACACUAUUCGACCUAGUAGUGGACAAUCAGUUUAGUCCUUUGGUUCCUAUUUUCUUGACAAAAUCUCUCAUUCCCAUUCUGAUAAUCCAUUGCAUCCUCCUGUCCUUUUUUUCAGGAAUCACAUCGAGAUUAUGAAAGUUCUGAUGGAAAAACAAGAAAUUCCACAAAAGAUUCGGACUCGGUCAAAGAUUGACUCCUCUCCCGCCUGGUGUGACGAAGAUUUAUUCCUUUCUAUUACUUAAAAAUAAGGAUUCGGAGCAACUACACAGAAACAAGAUGGGAACUUGUAAAGGGGUGUCGAAGGCAUUGUAGUUCUAGGGACAGCGUGAACAAGGCGAAUCGCCAUUAUUUCUUCCGUGUUCUUGUUUUUUUUGCUGUAACAAUCAUUGGGCAAUAAGUAUGCAAAAGGAAAUUAUUCGAUCUGUUCAUGCAUAUAUGGAAGUACUUCAAAAGAAGGUUUCUUUGUA